AAAGAAGAUCACCCCCCUCCCCCUCCUCCUCUUUUCCACUUUUCAAGCAAUCAUGUCCUGCCCCUCGAACAACAACCCCCCCUGCGCCAAGGCCGGCUGCGAGAAGACCGACUGCAAGGACGUCACCCAUACCGGCGGUAGCCCGGCCAAGUGCACUGAUCAGAAGUGCACGAAGGCCGACUGCAAGGGAUGCUGUGACUGCUCCGACGCGUCCACCUGCAAGGAUCCGGCCAAGUGCCCGAAGAAGCAGGCCUGCAAGGCCGGUGAGUGUGGCGAUAAGAAUUGCUGCGCCACCGCCAACUGCGCCGGCUCCAAGUGCACCAAGGCCAAUUGCAAGGGCGCCGCGGACAACUGCACCAAGGCCCACUGCGCUGGCAAGUCGGUCGAUGGCAAGCCCCCCACUGGUGGGAAGUGCGCGCGUGAGCCCCCGGUCGAGGUGGGCAUGCCGCCCAACCGGUGCUCCGGCAACACCGACCAGCAGCGUGGUAACUGCGGCCAGGGCAUGGCCAAGGUCAACUCUUCCAGUGGCGGCAGUUGCUGCCCCUCGGGCAACAAGAACCAGACCGCCGACCCGGGCACCUGCAAGUCGCCCACCUGCGCCUGUGGCCCGAACUGCAAGUGCGGCGAGAACUGCUCCUGCUAAGGCGGCUGGGCCUUGGCGGGCGGUUACUGACCCGGAUGCCGGUGGCUCGGUCACCGGGGCUGCUGCUGUCGCUGUGCAACCACGCGCUAGCCGCUAUGCCAGCACGCCACCCAUCGGCUCCUGUGCAGGGUGACUGGGAAAUGCAUCCGCCACGACAUCCAGUGCUCUGGCCACCUACCAAUGCAAUUUCCAAACCCCCACCGCCUUGCCCCACAUUACCGCCACCAGGCCGGGCGCCGCCGUGUGUCCGCGGGAGGAGGGCUGGGGAAGGGGGGGGGGGGGGGGGGGCUGGGGUG